AUGUCGUCUUCUGACGGCCAAAGCCAGCACGUGUACAGCAGAGAUUAUGCACUGGCUCUGGAUGUCCAGGAUCCUCUGCACGGCAUCAGAAAAGAAUAUGUGAUACCAUCCAAGGCCCAGCUGAGAGUAAAGUCGUUGCCGGAAGCAGGUACGAAACAUUCUGAGUCAACAUCAUCUGAUGAUCUCGCAAUCUACCUCUGUGGGAACUCACUGGGCGUGCAACCGCGAAUCACCUCCAUACGGAUGCAGCAAUAUUUCACAACUUGGGCAACACAAGGCGUUUAUGGUCACUUCAAGCCGCUUGCCGAGUCUCCUCUACCAACAUGGUUAGAUGCCGAUGCUAGGGCAUCCGAUUGCAUUGCUCCGAUAGUUGGCGCCCUACCUUCCGAGGUGGCUGUCAUGGAAACCUUGACGGCCAACCUGCAUCUGCUUAUGAGUGCAUUUUACAAGCCGGACAUCAAUGGCCGCCAUAAGAUCAUCAUCGAAAACCAGGCCUUUCCAUCCGAUCACUUUGCAGCAGAAUCCCAGAUUCUUCACCACGAUCUGUCGCCCAGUACGUCUCUAGUCACCAUUGAACCCCCAGGACUACCUCAAUCUGCACUUUCGACUGCCUACAUCCUCUCAGUCAUUGAGAAACAUGCUUCAACAACUGCUGUGUUGCUGCUCCCUGGUAUUCAGUUUUACACAGGUCAAUAUUUUGACAUCCCUACGAUCACCAAGGCUGCUCAAGCUGCCGGAAUCUUCGUGAUCUGGGAUCUCGCUCACGCCGUUGGAAACGUCCCUCUCAAAUUGCACGAUUGGAAUGUUGAUGCAGCCGUCUGGUGCAGCUACAAAUAUCUCAACGCUGGACCGGGUGCAGUAGGAGGACUUUUCGUUCACGAGAAAAACAGUCAAGUAUCGUCAGAGGCAGGGAAUCUGACUUUUGCAAACCGACUAAGCGGAUGGUGGGGUAGCUCUAAAGCGUCUCGAUUUACGAUGGACAACAGAUUUGUGCCCAUCCCCGGCGCAUCGGGUUUCCAGCUCUCGAACCCAUCGAUCUUGGACAUCACAUCCUUGAACGCCUCGCUGGAAAUGUUUGCCAAAGCCGGCGGCAUGCAGCCCAUACGCGAGAAAUCCGUCAAGAUAACUGCUUAUCUCGAGACUCUCAUCCGGAACAUGGCAGCUUACUCCGGGAAGCAAUUCGAAAUCAUCACACCAAGCGACCAGGAUCAACGUGGGGCCCAAUUGAGCUUGAGGUUACAGUCCGGUCUGCUGGAUACCGUCAUGAAAGCACUCGAGGAACGAGGCGUCGUGGUUGAUGAACGUCGACCGGAUGUCAUCCGUGUGGCACCAGCGCCGUUGUACAACUCGUUUGAGGAUUGUUUCCUCUUUGUGGAAGCGUUUGCCGAGGCACUGCAUGUUGCCGAGACGCGGUGA